AUGGCUGACCCCGCCUACUUUGCCUAUCCCAAAACCGCAAACCCUAAAAAGGCCAUUAUCCUGAUUACCGACGUCUUCGGCAUUGUCAGCAACAGCCAGCUACUCGCCGACGACUUUGCGCGCAAUGGGUAUCUGGCCGUUAUCCCGGAUAUUCUCAACAACGACUCGAUUAAUUUCGGAGACUGGGGCACUAGUAGAGUGAACUUUCCGGCCUGGAUUGCGAAGCAUGGGCCAGAGACCGUUGAGCCGGCUAUCGAGGCGACUAUCAAGCAUUUGAGAGAGGAAUUGGGCGUGGAGAAGAUUGGCACUGCGGGGUAUUGUUACGGAGGGCGAUUUGUUGUUAGUUUCUUGAAGAAUGGCAAGACGGAUGCUGGAUACACCGCGCACCCCACGGCCAUCCAGACCGGCCAGCUGGCUGCUAUCGAGAAGCCCUUGUCCAUUGCUGCCGCAGAAAUCGAUACUGUCUGGCCCACCGAGCACCGCCACGAGGCCGAGGGCAUUCUCAGCAAGACCGGCCAGCCUUACCAGAUCAACGUGUACGGAGGCGUGCAGCACGGGUUCGCGGCGCGCGGCGACAUGAGCAAUGCCCAUUUGAAGACGUCCAAGGAGUUGGCUUUUCUGCAGGCGCUGAACUGGUUCCAGUAUUAUCUGUGA